GGACCCGCCUUGACUUGGAUGACUCUACUCCUCCCUCCAAGUGCGCCUCCGCCCACGAACGAAGUAAUUGGUAGGUUUGUGGAGGAAGAAAGGGAUCGGCGCUUUGCCACAACGCCAAGUAACAGAGGGCAAAAGGAGGCGACAUCCGAAUGCUUAUGGCCAGCAUCGAGUGAGGUAGGAGACGAAGUUGGACGCAAGCGCUCGAUCUCACUAUUCCAACAGCAAAUUGGUGGGUGUCGGAGUGAGACCGACGCCAUAAGAGAGGGAGGGGAUCGCCCCUAAAUCCCACACAAAAGAGGAUCUUGCGGCCAUGGAUAUAGAUGAUGCUCCCUCCACCCCUGGAAAGUGGAAGAUGGAGAAGCCCCACCACCGCCACCACCCUCGCCUCCUCCUCCCCCGCUGGCACCAUUCCUAUCCCGUCUCCAAGCUCGUUUUCUGGUCCUUCUUCGCCCUCGCCCUCUUCCUUGCCAUCUUCCUCCUCUCCCCCCGCUCCUCCGCCCCGGCCCGAACCCCUGAUUCUUUUGCUUCCUCGUCGACUUCCUCCGGCGUCCGGCGCGCCGCCCUCCAGAUGGCCCCCUGGGGCGGCCCCGCUUGGGAGAAGCGCGUGCGGUCGUCCGCCCGGGUGCGGCGAAACCCCGGCGGCGCGUCCGUCCUCGUCACCGGCGCCGCGGGGUUCGUCGGGAUGCACGUGGCCGCCGCCCUCAAGCGCCGCGGCGAUGGCGUCCUCGGCCUUGACAACUUUAAUGGGUACUACGACCCGUCCCUCAAGCGCGCCCGCCAGGCGCUGCUCGACCGCGCCGGGGUCUUCGUCGUCGAGGGCGAUAUCAACGAUGGGGCGCUGCUUCGCAAGCUGUUCGACGUCGUGCCCUUCACCCAUGUCGUGCACCUUGCCGCCCAGGCCGGCGUCCGGCACGCGCUGGUUGACCCGGCGUCCUAUGUGCACUCCAAUGUCGCCGGGCUUGUCUCGGUGCUCGAGGCCGCCAAGGCCGCCGACCCCCAACCGGCCAUCGUCUGGGCCUCGUCGUCCUCCGUAUAUGGCCUCAACUCGCGUGUGCCAUUCUCGGAAGCCCACCGCACCGACCGCCCGGCGUCCCUCUACGCCGCCACCAAGAAGGCCGGGGAGGAGAUCGCCCAUGCCUACAACCAUAUCUACGGCCUCUCCAUCACCGGUCUCCGGUUCUUCACGGUCUACGGCCCCUGGGGGCGGCCCGACAUGGCCUACUUCUUCUUCACCCGUGAUAUCCUCCUCGGGAAGCCCGUGUCUAUCUUCGAAGGCCCUGACCACGCCACCGUCGCUCGUGAUUUCACCUACAUUGAUGACAUUGUGAAAGGUUGCCUGGCGGCCCUCGACCAUGCAGGGAAGAGCACCGGCAGCGGCGGCAAGAAGCGUGGGCCGGCACCCCUCCGAAUCUACAAUCUGGGCAACACCUCCCCUGUUCCUGUAACCAAGCUCGUCUCCAUCCUCGAGCGGCUUCUCAAGGUUAAGGCGGUCAAGAAGCUUGUUAAGAUGCCCAGGAACGGGGAUGUGCAGUUCACCCAUGCCAACAUUACCUUUGCACAGAAGGAGCUCGGAUACCGUCCCACUACUGGCCUCCACACUGGACUCAAGAAAUUUGUUCGUUGGUACCUCGAAUACUACUCCAUCUCCUUGAGCAAGAAUGACAGCAAAGGUAGAAGAAUUAGUAGCUAGCUGAUGGUACGUGAGAGCAGCAGCCCGGUUGCGGUGUAAUUGAGGUGGUCAGGAUUGUUCUUCAAAUCCUUCAUAUGCUAUUGAUGUUGUCACGUAAUUUUUUCCUCUCCUUUUAAACUUCCUUCAGUUAGCCUUUUGACCAAUUUGUGGUUCUUCCUGUCGUUCUUCAAUAUUGCAUAAUGUGAUUGUCGGAGGAACUUAAGAGUCAUGUAAGGCUUCUCUACUGGCAUGGUGCAUCCUUUGCAUGACUUUCUCAUAUUCUGAACUAGCAAAGAGAACACAGUACAUGUUUUCUUUUA